UGCCCCGCUCCGCACCCCGAGUCCGAUGGCGGCGGCCGCGCCCAGGCACCCGGCUCAGGUUUGUGUGAUCUCUGAGGAUGUGUUUGUGUUCUUCUCCCGGGAAGAAUGGAUGCUCCUUGAUGAUUCUCAGAGACUUUUGUAUCAGGAUGUGAUGCUGGAAAACUUUGCGCUUUUAGCCUCACUGGGAAUUGUAUCCUCCAGAUCACACGCAGUCACCCAACUGGAGCAAAAGGAAGAUCCCCAGAUGCCUGACCAGGUGGCUAUGACCCCAGUCACAGAAAGAGAGGCUCGGAGGGGGCCUGGACUUGGUGGUUGGUGUGCAGUGGAGGAUGAGGCUCCGUCCCCUGAGCAGAGUGUUUCUUCAGAAGGAGUGUCACAAGUCAGGACUCCGGUGGCAGGUCUGAACCCCCAGCCAUGUGACAUAUCUGGCUCAGUAUUGAAAGAAAUCUUACACCUGACUGAAUACCAGGGGGGAGAAGCCAGGCUGGAACCACACACGGGCGGGGCCUGUUGGAAGCACUUCUGGCACGGUGCAAACGUCCAUCAGCACCACACUGCAGAGAAAUCCUUCAGAAGAGAUGAGGGCAGGGACUCCGUGAAAACCUGCAGAUUCUAUGUGCCAGAGAAGACCUAUACACACAGUGAGCGUAGAAGGGACUUUACAGCCACCUCCGACCUUCUUCAGCACCAGGUCCCCCACAUUAGGAUGAAGCCCCACAAGAACACCAGGCUUGGGGGAGCCCUUCACCCUGGACAGCGGCAUCACAAGUGCAUCGAAUGUGGGAAAUUGUUCACCCGCAAAGACACGCUUACUCGGCACCGGAGAAUCCACACUGGAGAAAGGCCUUAUGAGUGCAGCAAAUGUGGGAAAUUCUUUAGUCAAAGCUGUGACCUUUUUAAACAUGAGACCAUACACACUGGGGAAAGGCCUUACGAGUGCAGUGAAUGUGGGAAAUUCUUUAGACAGAUCUCUGGCCUGAUUGAACACAAGCGAGUUCACACGGGUGAAAGACUCUAUCAGUGCAGUAAUUGUGGAAAAUUCUUUAGCAGUAAGUCUAACCUCAUUAGACACCAAGAAGUUCACACAGGAGCAAGGCCUUAUGUAUGUAGCACAUGUGGGAAGGAGUUCAGCCGCAAACACACACUUGUUCUGCACCAGAGGACUCACACUGGAGAAAGGCCUUAUGAGUGCAGCGAGUGUGGGAAGGCCUUUAGCCAGAGUUCCCACCUUAAUGUGCACUGGAGAAUUCAUGGCAGUGAUUACGAGUGCAGCCGAUGUGGGAAAGCCUUUAGUUGCAUCUCUAAACUCAUUCAGCACCAGAAAGUUCACUCUGGAGAAAAUCCUUAUGAGUGCAGCAGAUGUGGGAAAGCCUUUACCCAAAGGCCAAAUCUUAUUCGGCACUGGAAAGUUCAUACUGGAGAACGGCCUUAUGUGUGCAGCAAAUGUGGGAAAGAGUUUAACCGCAAACACACACUUGUUCUCCAUCAGAAGAUACAUAAUGGAGAAGAGCCUUAAUACCAUAGCAGAUGUGGGGAGUCCUUUAGCCAAGGCCCCCAACUUAUUGUCCAUUUGAGAAUUCCUAGCAGUGAUUAUGAGUGCAGCAGACGUAGGACAGUCUUUACCCAAGGACCAAACUUUAUUCAGCACUGGAAAAUCCACACUGGACAGUGGUACAGGGAAUGUGCCAUCUCCUUGUUCAGCCUAACAGCUCUCCCCAGAGUGAAGCUCUGAGAGGAGGCUUUGUGAGGGAGCCAUCAUUCAGAAGUGGUACCUCACACAUAGGAACCUCUGCACUGGGGAGGUUCCUUGUGAGUGCCUGGUAUGUCAGGUGCUAUCAGGAGCUGCGUUGCACGUUGUAAAUUGCCACCUCCCUUUGCCGUGGCAGAAACCGUCCCACUAUGACCAUCUGUCAGUUCCACAGUGUGUGUCAGUCACUCCAGCACGCUUAGGCAGGUAGACCUGUGCUGUCUCCACAGUCCCUAGAAGGAGUCAUGAUUGGCAUCCAUGGCCCAUGGGGGGCCUCAUUUUCUCCCUUUUGUCUGGGUUAAGUAUGGGAAAAAUCAGCACACAAAAUGGGUUUUCCAGGUAUCUUGCAAAGGUUUAUCUUCAUGGACUUUUUCAUCUUGUGUGAUGCUCAUU